AUGGAGAAUAUGGGAGAAUGGGAGCGAAGGAAUAUGAUAAAUGAGUUAACUCGGGGAAGAGAGCUAGCGAGGCAACUCCAGGCUCAUCUCAAUGCGCCUUCUUCUGAUGAUGUAACGAAAGAACUUCUAGUCCAAAAGAUUGAAGCUUCUUAUCAGAAGGCACUUUCAAUGCUGAACUGCAAUGUUAACACAUCGCCGAUAGUGACACAACAAGCACCGAGAGGAAUGAUCGUGACACAACAAGCACCGGGAGGAAUGAUCGGAAUGUCGGAGUGUGGAUAUCCCUCGAGUGAAGACCCCGAUCGACGUAUUGGGGAUCCGAAGCUCAAAGAUGCCUCCAAGAAAAGAUUUUUAUGUUGCAGGAAUAGUUCUCAACCAAGAUGGAUACAAAAAGUUCGAGUAGCGCCUGGGAUGGCACUGGAGGGACCUCUUGAUGAUGGUUUCAGUUGGAGGAAGUAUGGACAAAAAGAUAUUCUCGGCUCCAAACAUCCGAGAGGUUAUUACAGAUGCACAUAUCAAGGCGUUCGAGGUUGUUCGGCAAUAAAACAAGUACAAAGAUCGGGGGAUGACCCGACAAUCUUUGAGAUUACAUACAUCGGAGCCCACACUUGUACGAACGUAACUUCAAAUCUAAAUUCUCCCUCGGGACUCUCUGAUGAAAAUCAAGAACAAGGACCAUUGCACCAUAACCAGAAACAAUCAUCACACGAUCUAUUUCUUAGCUUCCAAAACGACCCCAAAGUUAAAACUCAAGGUCUAGAGAACAUUCAUCAUCAUCACCAAACAUGGUAUUCAUUCCCUUCCACUUCGUCAACGUCCAACAUUGUCUUUUCAUCACCUUCUGUGGUGGACAAUGAUGGUGUCCGAAGCCAUUCGCAGUCUAAUACCGUAUUGUCUGUAGCAUCGAGGACUAACUUCAGUUUUCAAGCCCGUGAUGAUCAGACUCGGGUUACUGAUAAGAUUGUUCAAGCUGUUUCUACUUCGGCGACGAGCUUGCCCGCAGUUGGCUUGGAUUUCCCAUUCGGUAAUUCCCAGUUCGAUCAAAACUUCACAUUUGACAACAAUGGGUUCUUCCCCCAAUGA